GCGCUGGACUCCAAAUAACAAACCUGAAAAAUCACGCCACGACGGCUUCUUCUUAUCUGCAAAAACCAAAUCAAUUCAUCUUUCUCUCUCCUCUGAUUAAAGACUGCUCGUCGUCCCCUCUCUCGGAUAAGAAUCCGCCAUGAAAAUAAAGAACAAAGGUAAAGUUUAUCCAUCUCCUCCUUCGAGCUCUCUCAAUGGAGAUGGCUUUCUCUCUGUCUUGAAGCUUCUUCCCGCCGCGAUCCUUGUUCUCGCUUCGGCUCUCUCAGCCGACGACCGUGAAGUCCUCGCUUACUUGAUCACUAGGUCCCUCAAAACCACCACCGCCGUCUCCGCCGUCGGAAAGUUCAGGAGCCCCUCCUCGUCGUCUUCCUCCACGGCUCAUGACUCUAAGAAGAAGAGGAAUAAAUCUGGGAAAAAAGGUGAAACCCAUCAACCACCGGAGUUCGAUUGUGAGUGUUUCGAUUGUUACACCAGCUACUGGUUCCGAUGGGAUUCAUCGCCGAAUCGCGAGCUCAUCCACCAAGCCAUCGAGGCCUUCGAAGAUCAUCUGAUUAGAGGCGAAGCCUCUGCUUCCGCUUCUUCCCAGAAAUCCAAGAGAAACAGCGGCAGGGGCAAGAAGAAAGAGAAAUCCGGUCGUCGGGGAGGAGACAAGCCCAAACCCGCCGAGCCGUUGAUCCAAACCGACGAAUCUGCCGCCGAUGACUCCGCCGUUUCCGAUCAAAUCCCCCUCCUGUCCCCUGCGGGCUCGCCGGGCAGAUUGACCGACGAGGGAGGUCCUAACGUAGCGGAGAGAAAAAAGGAGGAGGUAGCCGGGGAGAGACCGGAGAGUUCGCCGGUGAUUGUACGGACGCCGGCGGGAACUGAACGGAAGGGUUUGGCGAGGAAGGUGUUGCCGGACGUGUUAGGUUUAUUCAAUUCGCGUUUUUGGAGCCUCUGGAAUCCGAACGCGUAAGAUAUCAUCGGAACUAAUGCUCCUUUUGCUUUUUUUUUUUAUAAAAAAAAUAUUUUUCCAUUUUGGAACCCAACUUCGUUGGGAAAAAAAAGGUGAAUGCAUUUACCUUUGUUUUUUUUCCUUUUUCUUAUAUAAAUAUUAAGAAUUAAGGUAAUGGUUAUAUUGUGUAUUAUAAUAUUCUAUAGGUUGAAAUGCAGCGCAUUAUCAAUCCCCCAAUCCCUUUUUAUCUUUUUAAAAAGACGAAAUUUUGACGGGUUCCUUUAUUGUUUCCAUAUUCCGUUCAACUUUCCAUGAAAAUUGUAAAUCUUCCCGGAAAAUUUGCAUGAAAAAGGAUAUUCCGUUCA